CUGAGCCUCCGACGCAGCCCUGCCUAUUAUUUUGCUUGACGUUCUUCCUUCUUGCUCUUGUCAUACAGUUUGGGGAUGUCUUUUUAUGUAGGCAAAUGUUACAACUGAUAGUAAUGAAGGAUAUCUGCAAGAAUCCAAGAUAAAUCAUUUUUCGAACGUUGAUUAUUAUUCGACGGCUACUUUUUCGGAAGUGGUCCAUCGCGAACAGAAAGAGAAAGGGGGUAACUGUAUAUUCGCCGAUGCUUUAUCCGCAAUUGUCAUGUCGUUGUAUUGUUUCUGUUGACGGUUAAUUAUUAAAUAAUCAACUAUGAAAUGCUGGUUGACAAUUAGUCUUAAGUCGUUCAGUGUUUUGCCUUGGGAGUGGUUGGUUUUGCGAGCAUCAUUUGGCACCCCCCCAAAAAAUACAUAUUUCUCAACGACAGACAUCCACCCAUGGUCGUGGUACGCGCAGACUACCUGACCUAUGUUUUUAGUUUUGCCAAUUGUUUUUAUUGGAUAUAACAAACUUCUGUGUUCCGGACAUACACCCACAGGCAUCACUGGACCACACAUAAUUGCUUUCUAAAAAAUAUUUUUAGUAUAGUAAUGGUGCGAUAGUUAGAAUAAACCCAUUUUGGUUUCAUUUUAUUUCCAUAAUGAAGCACAGCAUUGAUGCCUUUCUUCACAUGAAGAAUCAGCCAAACAUGAAGUGGAUAGCCUAGUAAGUAGGCUAUUCAGACAGCUUUCUAGACAAUUGUCUGUAUAAUUUCGUGUUCGGUGCUGCCCUUUUACACUAAAAAUGAGUAUUGUUUGAGGAUACAAUUCUGUCUCACUGCUCUCGAACCUGGGGUUGCCGGUAGGAUUGGCGUCUAUUGCCUUUGAACACUGGCUAGGCGGUGGAGCGGCCAAUGUCGACUGUUAUCCUCGGUAGAAUAUAACGUUAAUCCUGUACAUACCUACAUACAAACCAAGUUGGCAUUUAGUCUAAUAGAAAGGAUACCUCAGGGACAAUGUCUUCUCGUGCAGCACUACCUGGGAACGAUCGGAAAUCGGACCUCCAUACCUCUCUCUCGACGAGCCGCUCUGAGAAAAGCACCGGUUGGUCGAGCAGAUCACUCGGAGCACGAUGCAGGAACUCUAUCGCCUCAUGUUCGGACGAGCAGCCGCACAUCGGCAACUACCGUCUGCUCAAGACCAUCGGCAAGGGCAACUUCGCCAAGGUCAAGCUGGCCAGGCACAUCUUGACGGGCAAAGAGGUUGCAAUAAAGAUCAUUGACAAAAACCAGCUCAACCCGACCAGCCUACAGAAGCUCUUCAGAGAGGUACGGAUCAUGAAAGGCCUCAACCACCCAAAUAUCGUGCAGCUGUUUGAGGUGAUCGAGACAGAGAAUACGCUCUAUCUGAUAAUGGAGUACGCCAGUGGGGGUGAAGUGUUUGACUACCUCGUGUCCCAUGGGAGAAUGAAAGAGAAAGAGGCGCGGGCCAAAUUCCGUCAGAUUGUGUCUGCUGUACACUACUGUCACCUGAAGAACAUUGUUCACAGGGAUCUUAAAGCGGAGAACCUCUUGCUGGAUGCCGACUCCAACAUCAAGAUUGCAGACUUUGGCUUCAGUAAUGAGUUCACCAUGGGCAACAAGCUGGACACGUUCUGUGGCUCCCCUCCCUACGCCGCACCGGAACUGUUCCAGGGGAAGAAGUACGAUGGGCCCGAGGUGGACAUCUGGAGCCUGGGGGUCAUCCUCUACACUCUGGUCAGCGGAUCACUGCCCUUCGACGGGCAGAACCUCAAGGAGCUGCGGGAGCGUGUUCUGCGGGGGAAGUACCGCGUGCCUUUCUACAUGUCCACCGACUGCGAGGGCAUCCUGCGCAGGUUCCUGGUGCUCAACCCCACCAAACGCUGCACCCUGGAGCAAAUCAUGAACGACAAGUGGAUUAACUCUGGCUACGACGGAGAAGAACUGAAGCCUCAUAUAGAGCCCCUGGAGGACCAUAAUGAUGCCAGCCGCAUCGAGGUGAUGGUGGGGAUGGGUUACACCCGUGAUGACAUCAAGGAUGCUCUGACCACUCGGAAGUACAACGAGGUCACUGCCACCUACCUGUUACUGGGACGCAUGAAUGAGGUGGAGGGCAGUGAGUCUCGGUCAACCAGCAGUCUGAGCCUGGCGCGGGUACGGCCCAGCACCGUCAUCAACGGCACCAGUAAACACUCCACCUCCUCCACCACCUCCGCCUUGGCCUCCUCCUCCUCUCACAGCAAGACCACCCAGCGCAGCGCCUCCACCUACCACCCCCGCAGGAGGCACAGUGACUUCUGCGGUCCAGCAGCGCCCCCAUCCCAUCCCAAGCGUAGCCCCAGCAGCGUGGCGGGGGCAGACAGGGAGCUGAAGGAGGAGGGGGGGCGCAUGGCGUCCCGGAAGGUCAGCAGCAGUGUGGUGGGCAGCCGUUCCAUCCAGCCUCCCUCCAGCCCCAUGGUCAGCAGCGCCAACAACCCCAACAAGUCAGAGAUCCCCGACCGCCGCAAGGAGAUUAUCACCGCCACGAACAACGUCCCAGCAAGUGCCAUGAUCCGCCGGAACACAUACGUGUGCACCACGGACCGGAACAGCACAGACAGGCCCUCCCUGCUGCAGAACGGCAAGGAGAACAGCUCCAUUUCCCACCGGCUGCCCCCGGCCUCGCCCUCUACCCACAGCAUCGCUGGGGCCUCGGGGACCUCCUCCUCCGCGGGCUCCCGCCUCACCCGGGGCUCCAGCAUCCGUAGCACCUUCCACGGUGGCCAGCUGAGAGACCGGCGGCCUCCCUCCCACGCCCCUCCCACCUCCCCCACCCUGUCCCACGACGCAAGCCCCCUGCCCCACGCACGUACCCGUGUCACCUCCAACCUGUUCAGCAAGCUCACCUCCAAGCUCACACGCAGGGUCAAUCUUGACCCCUCUAAGCGUCCCAACUCAAACAAGUCCGUCUCGGGCUGCACUCUUCCGCAGGGAUCAAAAACAGUUAGGUCACAGACGAACCUGAGAGAGUCUGCAGAUCUCCGGUCACAAGCCUCGGCUGCACAGUCUCUGGUCAGACAGUCUCUGGUUAAAACCAGCAGUCGCCAUCUACCUGGGCAUCAAAAAGCGCCAGAGCCCCGGACCCCCCGAUGCGGCUGGGAUGUGAGGGUGCGGAGCCCGCGGGACCCGGCGGAGGUGGUGCUGGCGCUGCGCGAGGCGGCCCAGGGCUGCGGCUGCCAGGUCCACCUGGCUGGGCCCUUCCUGCUCUCCUGCACCCAUGGGGCGGCCGGGUCACGCGUGGCCUUCGAGGCUGAGGUGUGCCAGCUGCCCGCCGGUCCAGCCGAGACCAGCGGCGUGCGCUUCAAACGCCUGUGGGGGGCGCCGCUCGCCUUCCGGGAUAUCGCCACAAAAGUGUCCAAAGAUCUGGAGCUCUGAGGGCAACAGGGGGUGGGGCAGAGGGCUUCUACACUGGACAGACUGACCGAGGGGGCGGGAGAAGGAGACAGACUGAACCCGCUACCCCCACUGCCAACCUCGCCUCACCCCCGCCAAAGACCCGCUUCUGGUGCCACAAGGACACGCAGGCACACCGGCACGGACGGCCCGGCCCCGCCACUCACAGACCUAUGACCUAUGAACCCUGCUAAGGCACCUCAAUAUUAUGUGAAUCUAGGGAGUCAAGCAGUUCUUUUUUAAUUCCAUAUUUGCAGAUUAAGAUAUUUUUCGUCAACAUAGUUAUGAUUAUAUUAUAUUUGUUGUCAUUCCUUUUUAACAGCUGCUAUUUAAAAGGUUUUUAAUAUUGUUUUUCUUUUCUUCACUUCAAUGAGCAAUUGACAGACUGAAUGCAUAUUUAAGAAACAAGGGGCCAGCCCUUUCCUAGACAGAACUCCAGGCUAUAGAGCAGGGGUGUCAAACUCAUUUUGCCAUGGACGCCACAUUCGUUCUUCAACGAGGUCCGGACGGCGACACUGAAAAUGUGUUAUAUUUCCUUGCCGUCAAAAUUUGCAUAAAAUAGUCUAUCCACCCUA